AUGGGCUCUCUCACAGAAUCUUACCCGCUUCCGUUGGUCAGCUACGCCGAUCUUCUACACGAUGACAAGAACACGAGGGAUCUGGCAGCUUCAGACCUCAUCAAAUCCUUGAACGCUUAUGGAGCUUGUUUCUUCGAAAGACCACUUCAGGAUAAAAUGGCAGAAUACUCGAACUCCAACGCAACCUCCAAGUCUCGAUUUGUGCCAUACGCGAGCGAAAAGAUCCGCGGGAUGACACACCUGGAUGAGACUUUGGAAUUUCAACACGGUGUUUACGAUCUGCCUGGAACCUGGGAUGUCCCGGGCAGCGAGCUGGUGAAUGCAUCAAAGGACAUGCACGAGGAAUGCAAUCGCAUCCACAUCAACCUCCUAGACUGUUUGUCGUCGCACCUCAACCUCCCCCAGUCUCUGAACACCAUCCACAGCAAGCGAAACUCCUUCUUCGCCCCGUAUUACUACUACUUCGACGAUCCCAACGACACGUCGACCCUCCGUGUGCCUCCCCACAUCGAUCCCACGACCAUGCUGUUCUGCUUCCAGGACUCGCACGCAGGCCUCAACGUCGCGGACAUGAGUGACUUUGACGGAAACAUCUCCACUGGAGCCGUGCAGGACACCGCGCGCUUCGUCCCGGCAAACUGCAAGCCCGGGGAAUUUCUGCUGUUGGCUGGUCAUAUUCUCCGGAGACUGGUGGAUGAGGUUAAACACUCGGUGCAUUUUGUCGAGCGCCCGUUGGGUAGCUCCGGGUAUCAUCUGAAUUAUUGGAUUAUUCCGGAUUUCGAUACUGCGUGUGACUUCGGCGGGAGGCAGGAAGAUGUGGCGGAGUAUCUGGCGAGGGUGUUUCCGGCGCCUUUGCGGGAUAGCUAG